AAAUAUGGUCUAUAUUGAUGAAACUGGCUUUAAUUUACAUUUUUCAAAAUCAAGGGGUCAUGCAUGCUGUGGUCGGCCUGCUAUUCGUAAAGUCAUAAGUAACAGAGGGAAAAAUAUCUCUGUUAUUGCUGCAAUUAAUGAUAAUGAGGUUUUGCAUUAUAAGUCUAUUUUAGGUUCUGUAAAUUCAGAAAUUUUUGCCACCUUUAUUGAUGAACUUCUUAGAAUUAUUCCAAAUAGGAAAUUUUUAGUAAUGAAUAAUAUUUGUUUUCAUAAAUCAGAUAUAGUUAAAGAAAUUGUCGAAGAUACUACACACCAAAUUUUAUAUCUACUAUCUUAUUCCUCUUUUUUAAAUCCGAUUGAAAAUUGUUUUUCAAAAAUUAAAGAUUCUGUUGCUAAAAAUCGUUUAAGAGAUCGAGAAACAAUUUUAAGUAGAAUGAAUGAUGCAUUUAAUAUUGUUAUAAACGAAGAUUGUGAAAGAUAG